AUGAAAACUUUAUAAAAUAAAAAUAAGCUUACAUUAGAGCAAAGUGUUUAAUUAUUAUAAUAAGUAAUUUUAUAAAAUUGUUUGUAAAAUGAUCAAAAAGUACUUGAUCUUUAUUUUUCUAUUGAAGGAAAUUGGAAUUUACAAAAAUUAAUAAAAGAAUUUAAAAAUAUAUUUGAUGAUAAAACAACUCUAAUGGAAUAUUAUACUAAUUGGAAAAAAAAUAACAAUCAUAGUAACACUUCUAAUGUUUUUGAAAUUAGCAAUCAUUCUUUUAAACCUUAAAUAAAUGAUAAAAGCAGGGUUAUUGAUUAAUCUAAAUCAUAAAUACAUUAAAAUAGAUAUGAUUAAUUAUAUGAGUAAUAUAAAGAAAAAUAAGAAAAAUAAAGUUAUUUGUAAAUUCAAAAAGUAAAUGAAGAAAUAGAAGGAUGUACUUUUAAACCAAAAAUAAACAAACUUAAAGAUUAACAUUAAGAAAGAAUUAAAUAAGAAAAAGCUUAUGAAAAAUUAUAUAAAUUGCAUGAUUAAAAAUAAAGUUUGGCAAAAGAAGCAAAAGAAUUAUAUGAAUUUUAAAAAUAAGAAUAAGAGUUAGAAAACUGUACUUUCUUCCCUUAAAAAAUAACUAAUUCUAAACAUAACUAAUCUGUUUAAAGUUAAAAUAAUGCUUAAUUAUAAGAUAUUAAAGGAUUUAAUUAACAAUUAAGAAGAAUGUACAAAGCAAGGAAAGAAAAACUUGAAAAACAAAUGUUUUAUUAAAAAUAAAGAUAUCAAUUAUCAUAGAAUAAUUAAAAUAAUAUAAUUAAGUCCUUUAAUUUGGCAAAUAAGCAAUAAAAUAAUCAAAAUAAAUAACUUAUAGGACAUAUUGAUAUUAAUAUUACGAAAAGUAAAAAAGCAAAAAUCGUACUAUAUGAAGGCGAUAAUCCUAUUUAAAAAGCUAAAAGUUUUGUAAAAAUUCAUAAUAUAUCACAUGAUAUAACACUAAAAUUAGCAGAAAUGAUUGAAUAAUAUUUAAAUUAACAUUAAUAAUAAAUAAAUAAUUGA